AUGGAUAUGACUGUCACAGCCUGGGAGGCCGAGCUCACAACAAACUAUGGAAGUGAUCAGGACUUUUAUCAACAUUAUACAGGGGAAAUAAUCCUGCAAAUACUGACAGCCAUCGUGGCCCUGGUGGGGCUGGCAGGGAAUGCAGUGGUGCUCUGGCUCCUGGGCUUCAGCAUUCGCAGAAACGCCUUCUCAGUCUACAUCCUCAACCUGGCGGGGGCCGACUUCCUCUUCCUCUGCUACCAAGUUAUAACUAGCCUAAUAUCACUUUUCAACGUCGAUUUUUUCCUUAGGGUAAUGGAAAAGUUUCUCUUGCCUGUGGCAAUCUUUGCCUACAUCUCUGGCCUAAGCUUUCUCAGCGCCAUCAGCACAGAGCGCUGCAUGUCUGUCCUCUGGCCCAUCUGGUACCGCUGCCGUCGCCCCAGAAAACUAUCUACCAUCAUAUGUGCUCUGCUCUGGGCCCUAUCCCUGUUGCUGAGCAUGCUGGAAGGGUACUACUGUGGCUUCCUGGCUGAAAAGGGGGAUGAAGUUUGGUGUCCAGUGUUAGAUUUCAUCAAUGUGGCAUGGCUGAUGUUGUUAUUUGUGCUGCUCUCUGGGUCUACCCUGGCCCUGAUGACAAGACUGCUGUGUGGCUCUCACCGGGUGCUGCCCACCAGGCUCUAUGUGACCAUCUUGCUCACAGUGCUGACCUUCCUCCUCUGUGGCCUGCCCUUUGGCAUCUACUGGUUCCUCGUAAUCUGGUUUCACAACUUUUAUGCCUUCUUUCCUCUAUUCUUAGUGACAAUUCUCCUGUCCUGUUUCAACAGCUGUGCCAACCCCAUCAUUUACUUCUUUGUGGGCUCCUUCAGGCAGCGAUGGUGCAAGCAGAGACACACCCUGAGGUUGGUUCUCCAGAGGGCUCUGCAAGACACUCCUGAGGUGGAUGAACUUGGAGAAAGCCUUCCUGGGGAAACCAUGGCCAUGUCAGAAAGUCUGGUGUUCUGA